AUGUUCCUGCAACGCACAGCAGUGGCUGUUGCCCGUCGGGCAGCCGUAUCUCCCGCAGCUCGACGAACAUUUACCGUCUCAGCUAUCCGCCGCGACGCGAAGAAUGUCCAGGCUUCCCCUAGCACUAGCAAAAAGAUGAAGACCUUCAGCGAAAUCAGGACCGAAGAAGACCUUCUCGGACCCGGUGCCGCGCCCGGUACCGUCCCUACCGAUCUCGAGCAGUCCACAGGUUUGGAACGAUUGGAAAUUCUCGGCAAGAUAGAGGGUGUGGAUAUCUUUGAUAUGCGACCCCUCGAUUCUUCGCGGCUAGGAACUGUCAACGAUCCAAUCUUAGUCAGGUCUGCUGGUGACGAGCAGUACGCCGGUUGCACUGGCUUCCCCUCCGACUCUCACAUCGUUAACUGGCUCGGCAUGUCCCGCGAGCGACCGAUGGAGCGAUGUCCCGAGUGCGGCAGUGUCUACAAAAUGGAAUACAUUGGACCUCAAGAUGAUGGCCAUGGCCACCACCAUGACCACCACGGUUAUGAAGAGCCUAAGACAUUCGCCAACUACGUCAAGCCGGAAUACUGGUAA